AUGGAAUCCGAAAAAGUCCAAGUUGUUAUCUGCGGCGGUGGUUCAGCUGGUCUCACGGCAGCCGUCCUUCUAGCCCGUUUUGGCAUCUCUUUCAAGAUCCUCGAAAAACGACCAGGUCCACUCGAGAUCGGUCAAGCAGACGGUGUUCAAUGUCGCACCGUUGAGAUUUUUGAGAAUCUGGGUAUCUCUGCGCCUCUUUUGGAAGAAGCAUACCAUGUGAGAGAAGUAGCUUUCUGGUCACCAAGUGACGCAGACGGUACAUUGACGAGGAAGGAUCUGGCUUACGACACUGAAGAGGGGUUGAGUCAUCAGCCACAUGUUAUUCUCAAUCAAGCGAGAAUAAAUGAUUUGAUGUUGAAAGAGAUCAUUCGAUUGAAAGGAGAUGGAUCAAGUGGAGUCUUGUACGAUUCGCAAGUCGAGAGUGUGAAUAUUGUGGAUGAUGGGGACGAGUAUCCUGUUCAAGUUGUCGCUAGCCAUGGUGGGGAAACGCAUCACUACCGAGCAAAAUACGCUAUCGGCUGCGAUGGCGCUCAUAGUACCGUCCGCAAAGCACUGGGCUUCAAAAUGGUUGGCGAUUCAAGCGACUCAGUCUGGGGAGUCAUGGACGUCUUCCCGAUCACCAACUUCCCCGACAUUCGCAAAAAGGCCAUGCUCAUCAGCAAAAAUGACGGAAACCUCAUGAUUAUCCCUCGGGAAGGAGAUGAGCUUGUACGAUUCUACAUCGAACUACCUGGGACGACAGCUCGAGACGUCACAGAACAAAGUCUGAUCGACAAGAUCAAAAGAAUAUUCGCACCUUACAACAUCGACGUCGCCCAUACAGCGUGGUGGUCAGCAUACGUGAUUGGUCAACGUCUCGCUGAUCAUUUCACCAAAGACUACCGGAUCUUUUUGACAGGUGAUGCGUGCCAUACCCACUCGCCCAAGGCUGGCCAGGGGAUGAACGUCAGCUUACAAGAUGGCUUCAACAUUGGAUGGAAAAUGGCCCAUGUCCUUACCGGACGAGCACCACCUUCGGUCCUAGAGACAUACGUCCUUGAAAGACAACAAACAGCAGAGAAGCUCAUCGAAUUCGACCGUUCCUUCAGCAAACUUUUCUCAUCGGAUUACCGGAAACAGAAUGGGAUCACGACUAAAGACUUCCGAGACAAGUUCGUUGAAGCUGGACGAUAUACUGCUGGUAUGGCUACAAAGUACGAGCCGUCAAUCCUUACGUGCAAAGACAAGAGUGAUCAGAGCAUCGCGUCGGGUUUGACGGUAGGAAUGAGGUUCCCAAGUGUACCGGUAGUGAGACUUUCUGAUGCGAAGCCCUUGCAACUCAACGGUGUUCUCGCUGCGGAUGGGCGAUGGCAUAUCUUGACCUUUUGCUCUGGGAAUGCCACCAAGACUUUAUUACCUCAGGUCGUAACUGAACUCGAGACUCUCGUCAGGAAGUUCUCCCUCGCUGAAGAAGCUGCGGACAAGAUCUUCAACAAUACCUUAGUAAUCAGGGCAGAUCGCAAGACUGUAGAGAUCGACCAGCUACCAGAAGUAUUCUUUCCCAAGUCAGGCCCAUUCUCCUUGCGAAAUGUUCACAGGGUCUUUGUCGAUGAUACGAGCCCUUACAUGCUGGGUUGUGGUGAAGCGUUUGCUAGGUACGGCAUCAACCCCGAGCAAGGCGCCAUUGUCGUCGUUCGACCUGACUUAUAUGUUUCUCGUGUUCUCCCUCUAACGAAUGCAAAUGAACUCUCCUCAUUCUUCGAAGGAUGUCUCAACGGCGUAAAAUAG